AUGAAUUUACCCUUGCGUCUUGCACUGUUUUUAAGCUAUCUCGCUGAUGCAACUUCAGCGCUAAACUCGACCAUUCUCAAUCCCAUUCUGUCUGGGUUCUAUCCUGACCCCAGCUGCAUCUUUGUAAAAGAAUUCGACGAGACCUUCUUCUGCGCAUCAUCCAGCUUCGUUGCUUUCCCUGGCAUCCCAAUCACUGCAAGUAAGGACUUGCAAAGCUGGACUCUCAUCGGCCAUGCGUUCUCUCGACACGACCAGCUACCUGAAUUUGCGAGCCCCAUCACAGAAGUCGGGGGCAUCUGGGCACCGACCCUUCGAUACAACAAUGGGACCUUCUUCUUGACGGCCACUCUCGUCCUCGAUUACUUGCCUGUGAACGAUUCGUCUCGUUGGCGAAACUUCAUUCUCACAUCGACCGAUCCGUAUGACUCAGCCAGCUGGUCUGAUCCUCUACAUUUUGAGGCAGACGGGUACGAUAGCAGCCUCUUCUGGGACGACGAUGGCCAAGUCUACGUGACAUGGGCACCUUUGGCAGAGGUACGAUCUGGGAUAUUCCAGUCCACGAUCGAUCUCAACACUGGCAGUGUGGGCAAGGUGAUCAACGUCUGGAAUGGAACCGGAGGCGCGGCACCGGAAGGGCCCCAUGUCUACAAGAAAGACGGGUUCUACUAUCUAAUCAUCGCGGAGGGUGGGACUUUCUUAAACCAUAUGGUCACCAUCGCCCGCGCUAUGAGUAUCAACGGCCCAUACGAGGCGAAUCCAGACAACCCAAUUCUUACCAACGCGAAUUCGACCGAAUAUUUCCAGGCUGUUGGCCAUGCCGAUCUGUUUCAGGACGCUGGUGGGAGCUGGUGGGGCGUAGCGCACGCGAUGCGCGUCAACCUACAAAACAGGGUCUUUCCAAUGGGUCGCGAGACGGUUCUAUUCCCAGUGACCUGGAAGCCAAGUCAGUGGCCUGCGCCAACCCAGGUUGAAGGGAUUAUGUCUGGAUGGGAGCUGCCAUCUGAUGAUCUCGGAAGGAAUACGACAAUCGCCGGUCAAGAUGUUGCGGGGACAGAUACCAUUGAUUUCACCGAGAUACAUCUCAAGCCUUCGCAUCUCGUCCACUGGCGAUAUCCCAACGGAAGCAACUUCAACUUUUCGCCUGAUGAUCCAAGUUGUGGGCUUAAGCUUUGGCCUUCCUUCGGCAAUCUUUCGUCAGGUGUUGCAAACGCAAGCGACGAAGGCUUGAGCCUUCUGGCUCGUCGACAAUCUCACAGUCUAUUCACAUUCAGCGUUGACCUGGCAUUUUCCCCUGGUUCAGAGAGGGACGAGGCCGGUGUGACUGUGUUCGUCAGCGAGAAGACACACAUAGAGCUGGGGGUCGUUCAGAUGGUACCAACCGGCACAAACGUCACCAGCUCUCCAGCUCCACAUCUGCGUUUUCAAGGAGCUUCCAAUGGCAUGCUGAUCAAGUCCUCAUCGCUGGUCGUUUCCGAAGAGUGGAGAGAUCAGAUGCUGAGUCUGGAAAUAAAAGCCUUCAACGCAUCUCACUACGCGUUCUCUGCUGGGCCGGCAGCUCAUCAGUCCAAACUGAUGACAGUCGCAUAUGCUCCCGCUUCACUCAUCCGGCCGAUUUUCACAGGCAAGUUUAGGUUCCCGACUUGA